AGUCACCUGACCAUUCUGCCAGAACUUCUAACGUCUGAAGCAAAAUGUCCUCAGAACUUCGAUUCACCGCAACCACUCAAACCGAGCAUCUACACGCACGAUAUACAGGGACUGGACAUGCUGACAUGAGCAAAUAUGAUUGGUUAACACACCAGCACCGUGACACAUCCGCCUCCGUUAUCGGGCAUCAUUCAUUAUCGCAAUAUCUUGCUAUUGCUGACAAUGAAGCCAUUGGACGUGUCAAGUUUGAACAAACCGAGCGUAUGCUUCAACCAUGCGGUCCACCACCACAGAAGGACGACGACUAGUCGCCCUUUCUUCGAUCCCGAUGGUGUAUCUAUUUCUUUUAUUCUUUCCAAGUGUGCAUAAUGUGUGGUGUGUCGUCCUAAAUUUGCAAGAAGAACUCACGGUCCAUCGC